UUUCAUUGAAACGACGAAUAAAGCGAGCACUCCUCCUCUGCUGUCUGAAGCGGGGGGAGAGGAGUGAACACCCCCACACAGAGGAGGCCGGGCCCCCACUGAACCACCGGCUCGAAAUAAAUGGGCCGUAGAGAAGAGCGGAGCCGCGCUGUUCAGUCGGAUCGUCCUCUUCCCUGAUGGAUGUGCGCUGGCUGCUGCCUCUGCUCUGCGCCCUGUCCGCAGAGGCCGACUUCUUCCAGUUCGACAGCCUUUGCAAUGUCUCCACUUACUAUUUUAAUUACAUUUAUUGCAACAUAUGGGAGGGGGAGUGUCAGCCAAACCAAGACGAUGCUACACAGCAAGUUCCUACCAGAGACCUGUGGACAGGUUUCUGUCCGGACUAUGUCAGCCUGCUGCAUCAGUGGUACUGUAGCCUGGGACAGUGCUGUGAAUCCGGAGACUGCAGGAUAACCAACAACAUCACAGGACUGUCAAGGGACCUCCAGACGAAGCUCCACGGACAGCACCUGGCUCAGUCUGUGGUUCUCAAAGCCAUCCAGGGUUUUAUUAACAACCCAGAGUCCAACAAGCCACUGACGCUCUCCUUCCACGGCUGGUCUGGCACUGGCAAAAACUUUGUGGCCCGGAUCAUUGCUGAUAACCUGUACAGAGAUGGGGUGAAGAGUGAGUGUGUCCGACUGUUCAUCGCCCCGUUCCACUUCCCACACGCCAGGCUGGUGGACACGUACAAGGGUCAGCUGCGAGAAGCGAUCCGAGACAUGGUGCUGCGCUGCCCUCAGACUCUGUUCAUCUUUGACGAGGCUGAAAAGCUCCAUCCGGGCCUCAUCGAUGCCAUCAAGCCCUACAUGGAUCACUAUGACAACGUAGAUGGGGUCAGCUACCGCAGGGCCAUCUUCCUCUUCCUCAGUAACAUUGGUGGUGCGACGAUCAACGAUGUAGCGCUGGACUUCUGGCACUCUGGUCAGAAUAGAGAAGACAUUGGUAUGGAGGACCUGGAACAUCGGCUACGAGCUGAGACUAUGGAGUCUCAAGGUGGGUUUGCUCAGAGUGAGCUGAUGUCCGGUCACCUCAUUGACUUCUUUGUCCCCUUCCUGCCUCUGGAAUACCGUCAUGUCAAGCUCUGUGCACGGGACGCCUACACAGCACGAGGUCUCGAGACAGAUGAAGCCACACUGGAUGAGGUUGCCAAGGCGAUGCUCUACGUCCCCAAAGAGGAGAGACUGUUCUCAGCCCAAGGAUGCAAGUCCAUACCACAGAGGAUCAACUUCUUUCUCCCCUAGAAGGUGAGACAGACAGAGAGAGACCUGGAGGAGGUGUAAGAUUGCUUCACCAGCCCAUCUGCAUACAGAGCCACAGAGGAGGUGUGUCUUCUUUGCUCUGCUCUGCGUACUUCCCCCUUCUCCCACAGACACGUGUCUGUCCAGGUCCCUCAGAGAAGGCCAGACAUCAGUAGGCAGAUCCAGAGCAGUGUUCUACAGAGAUUGGAGUGUUGAUAUCACAUAAAGGGUGAAGUGUGGCUGCUCUCCGUGACCUGCCUGGUCUGCGAACCCUCACAGUGUCAGGACUAAGAAGUGAAGAAGGCAGCAGCUGUGCCGUGAGUGUCAGAGGGAUGCUGAUACAUGUUAUAUGCCUGUUCACCUCGGCCAAAGUUGCACUGCUUUCUUUCCUGUUUCCGAUAAGUUCAUGUGUUAGUAUUUGCAUGUCAGACACUGUAUUCAUGUUUUGUCACCGAUUAUUUAUUGAUAUCAUUUGUGACAUUUUUUAAAUGUUCACUUGUUUUUUUACUAUUAUUACACAGAACAGUGGUUACAUAGAGUGUUUGACAGCAAACAUUUAAAUCCAGCAGUGAUGGAUAUGUUACUGUAAGAAACCGUGUGUCAAAAGCAGUCAAGCUAUUUGAAUUUUUAGGGGGUAAGUGACUUUUGAUUCAUUGCUUUUUGACGUCAGCAGUUUAAAUGCUUGAUUUAAAGAGUGUCACUUUUCAUCGUAGUUUGUCCACUGGCACCACACCACACAUUACCUCUUACAUAGGUCUUCUUUGGUGUUUUUGUUCGUUACAGCAAUGGGUCACAUCACAACAGAAAAAAACAGAAAGAAACUAUGUCAGACAUAGUUUAAGGAAAUAAACACUCAGUAAACCAACAAUUCUGUGUCUUGCGGAGAUCUGUGGAUUUAUUAUUGUGUGUGGAGUCUGUUUUUAUUAUUACCAUUAAUAUCUUUAACAAAGCAAACACACCAUACUGAGGGUCAUUUAAAAACCCUGCACAUUGCCUACGGACAGAACAGAAAUUGUGUAAUUGCCUAAUUGCUCAAGCUAUUGACUGAUUUCCAUCUUCAAAAAUAAAUAUUUCCUUCCUUUUU